AUGAUAUUCACCUCGGAUUAUCACAUCGACAUACCAAAUAAAGACAUCCUAACUUUUCUUUUCACCCACACGCGCUUUAAAGAGGAUGAUGCGAUCUGGAUCGACGCAGCGAAUUCGACGCUCUUCGUUACGCUCUCCAAGGCCAGAGAUUUGACACAUCGAAUCGGCCAUGGGUUACGAGAUCUAGGUAUAGGCGAACACAAUGGCAGAGAUGAUAUUGUCCUAUCCUUCGUCGAGAAUCAAGUCAUGGUGGGCCCGGCGGUAUUGGGUGUUUUGUGUGCAGGUGGGAUUCAUGCGACGUGUCCCAUGACAGCCACUGCAUUCGAGCUCGCUCGUCAACUAAGGCUGAGCAGUCCGAAAGUCCUCAUAUGCUCAGCGCAGACCCGAGGGGUAGCGGAGGAAGCAAUAUCACGUUCCCGAAUUGAGGAUAUCAAACUCUUAGUGAUGGUUUCUGGAGAGUAUGAUAUAGUUGACGGCAGUGGGCAGUCAAUCAUCAGUGAGCAGAAGUUACGGUGGCGAAAAAUUACGGAUCUUGCUGUUCUCGAGACAACAACGGCUUGUCUGGUAUAUUCAAGUGGCACCACGGGCGUGCCCAAAGGUCAGAACCUCCAAGAUCCCGAACAACGAGCCCCACUUUCUGAACCUUGCGAGACAGGUGUACGAAUCACACAGUUGAACGUUGUGGCAAAUCUCUGUCAAAUGGCGUUUCAUUUCGACCAUUUCGCCCUGAAGGCCAUUUCAGAAGGCUUGUACCUUCGAAUGCCAGGCAUCAUGCAAAAUGCCGUUGUCCUAGGCAUCACGGUUCAGACGAUGAUGGCUCUGCUGACAGGGAUGCAGGUUUACAUGUUCAAGAAAUUCGAUUUCCCUUUCCUAAUGGAAUGCGUACGGAAGUACUCUCUUUCGGCGUUCUUCCUGGUGCCGGCUGUUUGGAAUCGGAUCGCGAAUGAAUGCACUAAAGAAGAAUUGUCCUCGUUUCGGUUUUGCAUGAGCGGUGCUUCGCCUCUUCCACUCCCUCUCCAAUUAAGGAUGCAGGAUAUGUUGCCUGACGGGGUGAUGCUGCGAGUGAAUUGGGGAAUGACUGAGACCACAACGGGAGCCUCACAGCCAGCUCCCAAUGAGGUAGACAGAGAAGGAAGCUCUGGAAGACUUCUACCGAAUAUGCAAGCUGUGAUACUUUCUCCUGACGGGAGGAAAUUGGGAAUCAAUGAGCCGGGAGAGCUUUGCGUCAAAGGUACCUUCCAUCAAAUUUUCUUCACGUUGAAAUUUCUUGGUAAACAUGGUUCAGGGCCGAAUAUCAUGCGAGAAUAUUUCAACAACCCUGAAGCUACGAAGGCGGCGUUUACUCCGGAUGGGUGGUUUCGCUCUGGUGACAUUGCCCACAUUUCUAAAGAUGGGAAACUGUUCAUCGUGGGACGAUCCAAGGAACUUCUCAAGUACAAAAGUCAUCAAAUCUCGCCUUCCGAACUCGAGGCGAUUCUUGGUCAAUGUCCUGGCGUCGCAGACAUCGGUAUCAUCGGGGUACCAGAUGGCAAUGGUAACGACCUCCCGCGUGCAUACGCUGUUGCUUUCCCAUCCAAGAGUCCAGACUCAGCCACUGUCUCAGAAAAAGGCAUUCAUGACUUCCUUAAUGCAAGGGUAAGCGUCCACAAGCGACUGAGGGGCGGAGUGGUGUUUGUCAGGGAAAUCCCAAGGAACCUGAACGGGAAGAUCAUGCGGAAUGUGUUGAAAGAAUGGGCCGAGAAAGACGGGUCAAGCUACGCACGGGCGAAGCUGUGA